AUGAGCCUCCGCCUACCUCUUCAGGGCUGCAACUUCACCAUCAUCAUCAUCUUCUACGCCCUACCCGCAAUGACCAAACCUGAUGCUGCAAGAGACAAAUUCUACGAGGAGCUGCACGCCCUCCUGGCGUCUGUACCGAAGCCGGAUAAGUUGAUUGUCCUUGGUGAUUUAAACACGCGUCUGCACAGACCAUGCUGCCUGGAGAGGAAUGCUGGGUCCCCAUGGUCUCCGCGGCUUCAACGACAAUGGCCUGCUCCUCUUACGAACCUGCGCAAAACACCGGCUCUUCCUGACCAAAACGUUUCGUCAGCCGACGCGAGAGAGAGAGGGCCACCUGGAUGAACCCUCGGUCGCGACACUGACACCUGCCAGACUAUGUCCUCGUCUGGAGGCGAGACCCCCGGGAUGUGCUGGUGACAAAGGCGAUCCCGGGUGCCGACAGGUGGACCGACCAUCGUAUCAGGAUCUGAAGGACGCCACAAUCGUCAAUCUCUAUGAGCGGAAAGGGAAUCGCCAAAUUUGAGACAACAACCGAGGCAUUUCCCUGCUGAACAUCGCGAGGAAAAUCUUUGAGCCCACCCUUCUCAACUGCCUGAAAAUCCACCCAGAACAAGGUCUCCUAUCGGAAAACAAGUGCGGCUUUUGCUGUCACCGCAGAACCACCGAGAUGAUUCUCACCGCCCACCAACUGCUGGAGAAGUGUCAGGAGAUGCGUGCCCACCUGUACUUUACCUUCGUGGAUCUGACGAAAAUCAUCGGUACGGUGAGUCGCGAAGGAUGUGAAAAAUCAUUCAGAAGUCCGGCCAUCCCGAACGAUUCUCGCAGAUGGUGCGUCAGCUCCACGAGGGCAUGACGGCGUUCGUCACGGACAAUGGGGAUGUCUCAGGGCCAUUCACAGUGACCAACGGAGUGAAACAGGACUGCGUCCUUGUGCCUAACCUCAUGUUCUCUGCCACGCUGAUGGACGCCCAUCGUGACGAAUGCCGUGGGUUCCACAUCGUCUACAGGACGGAUGGACACCUCCUCAAUCAGCGGCGGAUGCACUUCCAGUCGCGUGUUUCAACAAAUUCCGUCCAAGAACUCCUCUUCGCCGACGACUGUGUCUUCAACAUCACCUCGGAAGGGGACAUGCCAAAGGGCAUGGAUCUCUUCGCCGCCGCCGCCGCCUGCGACAACUUUGGUCUGAUCAUCUACACUGAAAAUACGGUGUUUAUGCAUCAUUCGCCACCCGACGCUGCCUACUUCACACCCCAAAUCAAUGUGAACGACGCUCAAAUGCUAGUCGUGGACAACUUCAUAAAUCUUUGGCAGCACGCUCUCCCGUAA